CAUAACGGUUGCCUAUAAAUAGUCGCUCACAGCCCUUCGGUUCGUCACCUCCCAAAACCAAAACCCUAGAGAAAAAGCGAGCGGGGAAAAAGCCGUCCGCAUCUGAGGUUAGGGUUUCGAGAGGAGCAAGCGUUCGGUGGCGAUGACCUUCAAGCGUAGGAAUGGUGGCCGCAACAAGCACGGCCGCGGCCAUGUCAACUUCAUCCGCUGCUCCAACUGUGGGAAAUGCUGCCCUAAGGAUAAGGCCAUCAAGAGGUUUCUUGUGAGGAACAUUGUGGAGCAAGCUGCAGUGAGAGAUGUGCAAGAGGCCUGUGUUUAUGAUGGGUAUACUCUUCCGAAGCUCUACGCGAAGAUGCAGUACUGCGUUUCCUGUGCAAUCCACUCUCAUGUGGUCAGAGUCAGGUCUCGCGAGGCCAGGAGGAACCGUGAGCCUCCGCAGCGCUUCAGACGCAGGGAUGAUAUAGCUCGGCCUGGGCAAGGUCCUCGUCCCGCUGGAGCUGCUAAUUUGGGUCGCCGAUGAUGUUUUGAAGUGCCUGGCUAUCAAAGGAGUGUUCUCUUUGAACAAUCUCUUUUCAGUAGGAGAUUGUGAACUUAAUGUAGAAAUUAGAAAUUAACUCAAUUUUUGAUGUGUUUUACGUGAUUUUGAUUUUCUUUUUUGAUCAAAUUUUGAGUCUCUACCAUCUGUGACUUGUUUGGAUGCCUUAUCCUAUAUGACUUUGUCUUGAGCCAGAUCCAAUUCUUGUUGGUAAGUACAGGACCUGCCUUCAAAUGGGUGCUGGAUUUUCUGUAGCA